AGGGCCGGGCCGGGCCGGGCCGGGCCGGGGGCUCGGGCGGUGUCACGGGGCCGCGAGGUUGCUGGUUCCCCUUGGGCCGUGCCGGGGCCGAGCCGUGAGGGAGCGGCUGGGGGCGAUGCACGGAGCCGCGGGGAGCGGGGCCGGCAGCGGCCUGCGGGCAGGGCUCGCCUCGGAGCCGCCCCGUGUGCGGGGGGGAUGGUUCCUAAAGUUCGUCGGUGAGCGAUGCUCAGCCCGUGGAAGAGGGCAGCGUCAGCCCGGCCGUGUGUCCGAGAGCUGUAAAUAACCCGUUUGGGUUCCCAGGAGGCCUCGUGCAGGCAAGGGGACAGCUGCGUGCUGCUAGGCCUUAGGCUCAUUGCUGUCAGCUUUCCUGGGGGAGUAACGCCAUAAACGCCCCUGGUGUCCUGUGGCGCUGCUGGAAGCAAUGCUGACAGCCGGCUGCCUGGUACCAGGCGCAGCAGUUGGCUGACGCGUUGUGUGGUCACGCUCGAUAAACGUUUUCUUGUUGUAUUUCAGUUUGCCACGGUUGUUUCUAAAACGUCAGUUGGCUUUUUAGAAAUCAAUUACACACGGCGUUCUCUUUCAUCAGAGGAGAAAAUGCAAGACGGUACCUGUGCCAGUAAGGAAGAGGCACACACGUAAUAGUCCAGAGAAUAACAGAUAUAAAGCGUAAAUGGGUGGCUCUUGUGCUGAGCUGGCCCUUGGAGGAGCUUUACAGACGAUUUAGGCAUAGAAAGAGCAGCUGCAGUGACUCAGGGACUUGCUUUCCUACCUAAGCCACCACCGGCCCCCGUGCUGAGGCCUGGAUGCCCUGUCCUUACCCACAGGGCACCUGGGAGUCUGUCAGCUCUGGGGAUUCGCAGCACCAGGGACGUUAGGAGCCGUGGAGCACAGCUGUCACUGCGCGCCGCGACGAGGUGCUGUGCCCAGUUUUCCUCAGCAUUCCUGCAAGCACAAGCCGGGAGGUACGCGCGUUGGGAGGAGCAGCCGUGUCGGCUGGGCUGGCAGUCCCGGCGCUGGACUCGAUGCCCGUCCACGCCGUGACCUCGGCGGUCGUCGGGCCGCGAAGUCGUGCGAGGCCCCACGGCGCCCAGCCAGCAGCUCCGUGCUCCCUGGGGACGGCGUGCCAGGCGAGGAGGACGGGCAGAAGCCAGCCCGAAGCCUGCUGAAGCGCCGUAUGUGUCAAACUACCAGCGUUACAGCUCUGGUGUUCUCAGACGUCGGCCAGACGCUGAAGUGAGUGCUGUGUAGUCCACUGUCAAAGAUGGUGAAGCUGGAUAUACACACGCUGGCUCAUCACCUCAAGCAGGAACGACUGUAUGUGAACUCAGAAAAGCAACUGAUUCAGAGGCUCAAUGCGGAUGUACUGAAGACAGCUGAAAAGCUGUACCGCACAGCAUGGAUUUCCAAGCAGCAAAGAAUUAAUUUGGACAGACUGAUCAUAACAAGUGCUGAGGCUUCUCCUGCUGAAUGCUGUCAGCAUGCAAAAAUCCUGGAGGACACGCAGUUUGUGGAUGGAUACAAGCAGUUGGGAUUUCAGGAGACUGCUUAUGGAGAAUUCCUAAACAGACUGAGAGAGAACCCUAGGCUUAUUGCAUCCUGUCUGGUUGCCGGAGAGAAGCUCAACCAGGACAACACGCAGGGCGUCAUCCACACAGUCUUCACCUCCAUUUACGGCAACUGCAUCAUGCAGGAGGACGAGAGCUACCUCCUCCAGGUCCUUCGCUACUUGAUCGAAUUUGAGCUUAAGGAAAGUGACAACCCUAGGCGGCUGCUGAGACGAGGUACUUGUGCGUUCAGCAUCUUAUUCAAACUUUUUUCUGAAGGACUUUUUUCUGCAAAACUUUUUCUUACUGCAACUUUACACGAGCCAAUCAUGCAGCUUCUGGUUGAAGACGAAGACCACCUGGAAACUGAUCCAAACAAAUUAAUUGAGAGAUUCUCUCCAGUACAACAGGAAAAGUUGUUUGGAGAGAAAGGCACGGAAAAGUUCAAGCAAAGAGUUCAAGAGAUGGUCGACUCCAAUGAGGCCAAACUGGUGACCUUGGUGAACAAAUUCAUAGGCUAUCUCAAACAAAACACGUACUGUUUUCCACACAGCUUGCGAUGGAUCGUGUCACAAAUGUACAAAACGCUCUCAUGCGUAGACAGGCUGGAGGUCGGAGAGGUCAGAGCAAUGUGCACGGAUCUCCUUCUAGCAUGUUUCAUCUGUCCUGCGAUUGUUAACCCAGAACAGUACGGGAUAAUUUCUGAUGCUCCUAUAAACGAGGUGGCAAGAUUUAAUCUGAUGCAGGUCGGGAGACUUCUGCAGCAAUUGGCAAUGACAGGUUCCGAAGAGGGGGAUCCACGUAUGAAGAACAACCUUGCUAAAUUUGACAAAAGCUGUGUUGCUGCUUUCCUGGACGUAGUUAUUGAUGGGCGUGCAGUUGAAACUCCUCCAAUGUCUUCAGUUAAUCUCCUGGAGGGGCUGAGUAGAACAGUGGUUUACAUGACAUACAGCCAGCUAACUAGUCUGGUUGGUUUUAUGCGGAAUGUGAUGUCAAGUGAUCAACUUAAGGAAGAUCGGAUGGCUUUGGAAAACUUGCUAGCAAACUUGCCCCAGAACAAACCAGGAAAAAGCAGCAGCCUUGAAAUGACUCCGUAUAAUACCCCACAGCUCUCUCCUGCAACCACUCCAGCUAACAAAAAAAAUCGCUUACCAAUAGGACAGCAAUUGGCAGCCAUUACUGCCUGGGAUACUUCUGCUACCAAUCUUUCAGCUCAUAUAACUCUAGUAACCCCUUUUGCAACUCGUAGCAGAAGUAGAUCAAAUAUUCUGAUGGAUCAGCAUGGGGAUCACGAAGGAUCCUCGCAGGAGACUAUCCCAGAAGUUCAGCCGGAAGAAGUGCUGGUGAUUUCUUUGGGAACAGGUCCACAGAUUACUCCAGGAAUGAUGUCAGAAAAUGAGGUCUUAAACAUGCAGCUCGCAGAUGGCGGACAAGGAGAUGUCCCUGUUGAUGAAAACAAACUCCAUGGUAAACCUGAUAAAACCUUGCGCUUUUCCCUCUGCAGUGAUAAUCUGGAAGGAAUAUCUGAAGGUCCUUCAAAUCGCUCCAACUCUGUAUCAUCUUUGGAUUUAGAAGGAGAGUCUGUAUCAGAGCUUGGUGCAGGCCCCUCUGGGAGCAAUGGUGUUGAAGCCCUGCAGCUGUUAGAGCAUGAACAAGCCACAACUCAGGAUAAUCUUGAUGACAAGCUCCGUAAAUUUGAAAUCCGUGAUAUGAUGGGGUUGACUGAUGACAGAGAUAUAUCAGAAACUGUCAGCGAAACUUGGAGUACAGAUGUCUUGGGUAGCGACUUUGAUCCAAAUAUUGAUGAAGACCAUUUGCAAGAAAUUGCAGGUGCAGCUGCAGAGAACAUGCUAGGCAGCUUGCUGUGUUUACCAGGUUCAGGAUCUGUGUUGCUUGAUCCUUGCACAGGUUCAACCAUAUCAGAAACCACAAGCGAGGCCUGGAGUGUGGAAGUAUUACCAAGUGACUCAGAGGCCCCAGACCUAAAACAGGAAGAAAGACUGCAAGAACUGGAAAGCUGUUCUGGGCUGGGUAGCACAUCUGAUGACACAGAUGUAAGGGAGGUCAGCUCUCGACCCAGUACACCAGGCCUCAGCGUUGUAUCAGGUAUUAGUGCAACAUCUGAAGAUAUUCCUAAUAAGAUUGAGGAUCUCAGGUCUGAAUGUAGCUCUGACUUUGGGGGAAAAGAUUCUGUGACAAGUCCUGACAUGGAUGAAACAGCCCAUGGAGCUAGUCAGUUGACAUCUCCUCCUUCUCAGACAGAUUCUUUGCUUGCAUUGUUUGACCCUCUGUCAUCAAAUGAGGGUGUAUCAGCUGUAGUAAGGCCUAAAGUACACUAUGCAAGACCAUCUCACCCACCACCAGAUCCACCGAUUUUGGAAGGAGCUAUGGGAGGUAAUGAGGCCCGAUUGCCAAACUUUGGGUCUCACGCUUUAAUUCCAACUGAUCUAGAAGCGUUCAAGCAGAGGCAUUCUUACCCAGAAAGGCUAGUCCGCAGCAGGAGUUCAGAUAUAGUGUCAUCAGUUCGGAGACCUAUGAGCGAUCCUGGGUGGAACAGACGUCCUGGUAACGAGGAGAGGGAACUUCCAAUGCCAACCACCAACACUGGGACAGCCGUUCUGGUGGCUGCAUCUCAGUCGUCGUCUUCAUCUCCCAGUAAAGACUCCUCUAGGGGAGAGAUUGAAGAGCGAAAAGACAGUGAUGAUGAGAAGUCUGACAGAAACAAGCCAUGGUGGAGAAAACGUUUUGUGUCUGCCAUGCCCAAAGCUCCAAUUCCAUUUAGAAAGAAAGAAAAACAGGAAAAAGACAAAGAUGACAUGGUGCCUGACAGAUACUCAACACUUCAAGAUGAUCCCAGCCCAAGGCUCAGUGCACAGGCGCAAGCUGCAGAAGAUAUUCUGGAUAAAUACAGGAAUGCAAUUAAGCGAACCAGUCCUAGUGAAGGAGCUUUAGUAAACUAUGACAGUGGAGAGACUACAGGGGAUGGUGAGAGCGUGCAUGACUCUCCACGUGAUGAGGCUUUGCAAAACAUGUCUGCAGAUGAUCUACCAGACUCUGCAAGUCAAGUAGCCCAGCCACAAAGUUCUGCUUUCUCCUAUAGGGAUGCAAAGAAGAAAUUGAGGUUGGCUCUUUGUUCAGCAGAUUCUGUUGCCUUUCCAAUGUUGACACAUUCAACAAGGAAUGGUCUACCAGAUCACACAGACCCUGAAGAUAAUGAAAUAGUGUGCUUCUUGAAAGUUCAGCUAGCUGAAGCUAUUAACCUUCAAGACAAGAACUUGAUGGCCCAGCUGCAAGAAACAAUGCGAUGUGUAAGCCGCUUUGAUAACAGGACCUGUCGAAAGCUGCUGGCCUCUAUUGCAGAGGACUAUAGGAAAAGAGCUCCAUAUAUCGCUUAUUUAACUCGGUGUCGCCAAGGUCUGCAAACAACACAAGCACACUUGGAAAGGCUGUUGCAAAGAGUUUUGCGAGAUAAAGAAGUGGCCAACAGAUACUUCACUACAGUAUGUGUGAGGUUACUGCUCGAGAGCAAAGAAAAGAAAAUAAGGGAGUUUAUUCAAGAUUUCCAGAAACUUACGGCAGCAGAUGAUAAAACAGCCCAAGUUGAAGAUUUUCUUCAGUUCUUAUACGGGGCGAUGGCUCAGGAUGCCAUAUGGCAGAAUGCCAGUGAAGAACAGCUUCAGGAUGCACAAUUAGCUAUAGAGCGCAGCGUGAUGAAUCGCAUUUUCAAACUUGCAUUCUACCCUAAUCAGGAUGGAGAUAUUUUGCGCGACCAGGUCCUUCAUGAACAUAUACAAAGGCUAUCUAAAGUAGUGACUGCAAACCACAAAGCACUUCAGAUACCUGAGGUAUAUCUCCGGGAGGCACCGUGGCCAUCUGCACAGUCUGAAAUCCGCACAAUAAGCGCUUACAAAACCCCCCGAGACAAAGUACAGUGUAUCCUGCGAAUGUGUUCAACAAUCAUGAACCUGCUUAGUCUGGCAAAUGAAGAUUCAGUACCUGGGGCAGAUGAUUUUGUUCCUGUUCUGGUCUUUGUUCUCAUAAAGGCAAAUCCACCUUGCUUGCUGUCCACUGUUCAGUACAUUAGUAGUUUCUAUGCCAACUGUUUAUCUGGAGAAGAAUCUUACUGGUGGAUGCAGUUCACAGCAGCAGUUGAAUUCAUUAAGACUAUUGAUGAUCGCAAGUAACUCAAACAGCACAUACACGGGCAGACUGUUAGCAGAAGAGUCUAUAAGAAUGUACAACAGCUGCAAAAGCUAAGAAGAAACUUUCCUUGUAUAUAAUAUUGUACAGAAUUGCGGCAUUUUAAAACACACCUUUACUAAUCAAAUUAAUUUAACAGGUUUUCCUCUUCUCUUUUGGUUGCGUUUUUCUCCCCUGUAGAUACUGGCACUGUAAAAGGGACCACAGUUUUCAGGUAUUUUGGAAUCUCAAAAUAUGCAGAAAAGUCUCCAUGUUCUUUUUCAUCACCCCUUUUCCUGAAUUCUCACUCACGUGAAUAAUUCACUUCAUUUCUAAUGGAAUACUGAAGCAAGAAGAAUCAGGGCAACCACUUAGUAUACUUUCUAGCUUAAUACACCUUUUAUUAAUAAAACACCAGCCACACUGCAAGUUUGUAGUAGGUGACAUUAGUUACCAAUUGUAUUUCACCUAAAUUUAAAAUCUGAGAGGACAAUGUAAAUAUUAUAUAACUAUAUUUAAUGCAUUGCAAUUAUCUUUGGACUCAUUAUCCUUUAAAUAAACAAGCAAAAGCCUCUCUGACCUCUAACAGGUUGUUAAGCACUGUGUUUUGGUAAAUGAAAGGACUUUCUCAAAAGGAGAGAUCUCAAGAUUAAAAAAGGACAAACUAAACUAUUUAUUAAAAUGUAAUUACUGAAAUUUCUGAAACUGGAAUUUAUAAUAGACAGGGCUUAAUUGAUAGCUAAACGCUUUUUGGCUAGGGCAUUAGGGUGUUAUAAAGGUUUGAAUAUAUAGAGGAGAGGGACUGUAAGUUACAAUAGAUAAGUCUAAUAUAAAAAGGAGUAAUAAUACCUUACUGUAAUAUUUUUUUCUGAAAUAUUGUGUAUACUGUACAAACCCCAAACAGAGAUCCUUAACAAAACCUUGGGCUGUAAUAUAUAUUUUGAUUAGUGACGUUAAAUACAUAUGCCAGGGGUUUCAGUGAAUGUUUUUACUAAAUGUUCUUCAUGUUGUCUGCUAUGCAGCAGUGCAAGUUUUACUGUUCAUAUAAAAUAUUUUAAAAUAUAACACUGUUCUUUAUGAAACAUAUCAUGACAUCAGGUCAGGGUGUUUUAUAGAUUUCUCACCCCACCUUUCCCUUAAACUGGUAAUUAUGAAUUCAAAGACGUUUUUAUGCACAACACCCCAUAAAUUUUUCAUGAAUGAAAUGGUCUGAGUGAUGGCCAGUGGUUGUCACCUGUAUAUAAGCAAUUGCUGUUCUUUUUUAGUUAGAAUUACGCUGAAAAAGGACAGUGAGCAUUUAACUUUUUCAUGUCAGUAUUAUUCCUUGCUCUUCCUGGAGUGUUCGGUGCACUUCUGACAGAGGGAUGUGUUAAGACUUGGUGUCUGUGACUGGUAAAGGAAACAAAAUCUUUCUCAACAUUCUUUACAAAAUAUGUUCUUUUUGUUGUUGUUGUUUUGCUUUUUUUGUUGGGUUUUGUGUGCGUGUUUGUGUGUGUGCAUUUUGAUGAUUAAAACCUGUAAGGAACUAGUACUUAAAAUCACUUGGUUAACUGAAAUUAGAACAAUUUAUGUAAAGUAUCAAGUGCUUGAUUUGGCUGUGCUGCUUGUCAAGGCAUAAUUAAAGAAACUUAUUUUCUAGGGCUCUAUAUGUAAUUCAGUAUAGCAUUUUUGCCAAGCUAAUCACAGGUGAAAGAGUGGAAUGGUAACUUUUUUUUUAAUAGUCUUUCUCCUUUAUUAGAGACUUGAUUGUGUGGAGGAGCAACACUCAAUAGAAAUGGAAUUCUUCUGAUCUGCCUUACUGUGGAAACUCAGUGUGUGUACCACUGCAACAUUCUGGUUAUUUAGCCUUGAUGGGUUUUUGGUGCUGAACAUGUAACUUAAUAUUGCAAGCACAGCCCUGACUGAUAACACACAGCAGUGAAGCACAAAUAUGCCCUCGAAAAAGAUAUGGCCAGAUCAUAUCUAAAAGCAAUAUAAAUUUAUUUAUAUUGAAGUGUCCUAUAAUACAUAAUUAUUACUUGAAUAUCUGAGAUGUUAAGACCAGUGUAUGAAAAUUCUUUUACUCCUGAAGUUUGGGUUUUAGUUGAGGAUAAUAUUUGAUCCUUAAAUCAGUCUUUUUCUAAAUCUUACUAGUUUAAAAGAUGGCACAACGACACCUAAGCUGGUGAUGACCCCGUGCAUUGCGUCCCGUUUGCAAGCUUGGCAAACAGAGUUUGAUCAGCAUCAUCUGGUCUUUCAGAUUUGCUUUCCUUCAUGGAAGUGGCAAGAACCAUUUUCUUCAUUAUUUUUAUUAAUUUGCUUUUCUGUGUAGAAAAAUGAUUAGAAGAACUGGAGUAAUUUUUUAAAAACAUUUUUAAACCGGGAAGUGUUUCGGUGAGCCCCGGAUUAGCUGAGAGUAUGCAUUGCAAGAUGGUCCUUUGCCUUUUUUUUUUACCUGCUCUGAAAGUCCAUUAUAUAGUAUUGCUAGGUGUAGUUAGAGAAUUAGGCUUUCCAAAGAAUUAAAAACCUUGUAAUGUCAUCUUAAUAUUUUCCCCUGGUGUCCCAUAACAUUUUGUUUUAAAAUGAUAAAUUACGUGUAUAGGAAGUGAUGUUGUUAGAUUUUGGUGUGCAAUAGUAAAUGUGAAAAGAGUGCAUAAAGGACCAAAAGUAACAGAACUGUUGCCAAAAGGUGCCAGCCAACCAUGUACACCUGUUUCUGUAAACUUGGUGCUUUCUGUUAAAAUUACUUCAACCACUGAAGAAUGAAUGGAACACCCUGAGGGAAAGGGGCUGGGGGGAGGUCAUUAGCAGUAAGUAGAUUGCAUUCAUGGACUUGGGGUUUGGUCAUUGACUUCAGCAUUGGGUGUUAGCGUGUCUGGAGAAACUGCCAAAUUAAACAAUGACUACGCCUGUUAAUUUUUGCAAAGGUGGUGUUUUCCUUUUUUGGGGGGUAGCAGAGUGAAAGAAAAGGGCUGGUUCUUUCAUCCCCAGGAGAUUCCUUUUUUGCUCCUAACUCUACAGGAGUUUUCUCUUUAAGGCUUUUUUUAGAUCCUCUUUAAGGAGAAUUGGAAUGUGUAUGACCUAUUAAUCAUUUAGGUUUAAAGGUUUUUGUUUUAAAGACCUUAUAUUACCAAAUGCUGAAUGUAACUGCCAUAAAUUUCAGGAAAAAAAGCCACUAUCGUGAUCCCCUUUCCUGUAGGUGGGUUUCUGGCGAGCACAGUGUUGGUUUGUAUCCCUUGAAAACAUCGGUGUUCUGUAAGCAAAAUUCCAGCAGAGGUUUGAGAACUCACCGCCGCGGUAGAGCCGAGUGGCGUGUAGGGGAAGGCUGGUGGGCCGGAGAAGGAGCAGCAGGAGAAGGCAGACCUGUUUAGCCGCAAAGCUUCAAGCAAGUGAAGCAUGUGUGUGUGAAAUCGAGUGUAACGUAUGUGGCCGUGCUGCUGUACCCACUGCGCAGCCUGAGGCUGGCAGCAUGACGGGAGAGCUGGAGCAGCAGGCAAACGGCGGACAAGGAGGGGGAAGGAUGCUCUGAUUCGGGUAACAGCUGGUAACCUGGUUGAGCCUGUACUACUUGAGAAUUAAUCUCUGCUGCGUUAGUAAUGUGUGUUCUGUACCUUUUAAUUGUGCUUUACCUCUAUUUAAAAGCUUUGUACUGCCUCUCCUCUUUGAGACUGGUAAAGCCUUUAUAAAUCUAAAUUAAUGAGCUUGCACAAUCUUGUACACAGGAAACCCAUCUUGUCUCUAACAUGGUUAUUAAUGUACUGUUCUGUAAAAAACUGAUUAAAAGGAGAGCAGUUUACCUGA